CACUAUGUGUAUAAUAUUACAAAAAUGUAAUUUAUAGCUUAUCAACUUUGUUAUGCUGGUUCCAGCGUCACAGUCAAUACAAGUAGCUGCAUGUAGACGCUUUUCAUUUGCUCUUUCAAAUUACAUCUUAGAGGACGGCGGUUGAACGUUUUGAGUUUCGUUUUGGCUCAUCAUGUAAAUAGUGAAGUAUAAUAUCCCUGCUCAAUGUCAUAUGAUUGAAGGAACUGAAAUGUUACACCUCUGCUCAUAGAGGGCAGGACAAGUUCACCAGCAGCAGCAACAUGUGACCGAACAUAGUCUAUUUAUAAAGAGCGGUCCAGGGCACCGACCGGUGUGACAUAUGUGAGAUUGCCAGACAACGGGACAUUUUCCUGCAGGAGACUUCAGACCGGAACGUUUGUGCUUGUCUUCUUGCAGGAAAGCAUGUGAGCUGUUGGAAUGGAUGACUUGGAUCACAGCAUGCGCAUCGCCGAGGAGGUCUGGUCCAACUUCUGCCAGGAGAGCGAGGAGUGCUGUGUGCCGCAACCUCUGCUCGCCUGUCCCGAGGGCCUCCGUUGUUCCGACCGCUCGGUUCCAGCCACUCAGUCGCCACAGAGCUUAGAAGAAAAUAGAACAACUUGUGUUAAACUGGAGCUCAUUCAGGAUGUCAUAGAAGAGGAUACAGCUGAGGAUAAUAAAGCCCAAAUAUGUAAUGAUACAGGAAUUCCUUUUCUCAGUCAGGAGGUGCACGUAACAGAGGAACGCAUCCCCGAAGAGACCCAAAAAAGCAUCGUACAGACACCGGAGGUCAAUGACGUCGCUCGGUCACUGCCGACUGAGCGUGAAACAAAAGUGAGAUGUCUGGCUCAGGCUGGCAGCGAAUUUCCUCCGAGAGAGGAGAAGGAGCGCUGGUUUGUGACGCUGUUGUUGAAUGACAGUCCAGUGUCGCGCCGGGCCAGUGCAACUCCAAGGAAAAAAAAAGCUCAACUUAAAAAAAAAUGGUGCAGACCCAGGCGGGAGCCUCAACACAAUGAAAGUGCGGUGAAUAAAAAUAUCAACGCGACACCAAAUCAAAACAGAAGCGAAGAACGAGUCGGGCAGAAAACCUCUUGUGGUUCAGUCCAAAACAUUUGUAUGGAAACCAGGCAUGAUGGCGAUAUAGAACGAAACGACAGAAAAAGACCUCUGCGCGGUGAAGAUAUAACGCAAGACCGUGAAGACGGAACCAUACAAGAUAUUCAACAAAACCGCCAAGAAAGAACCCUGCAUGUCGAUAUAGUCCAAAGCAAGAAAGACGAAACCUUGUAUGAUGGCGAUAGAACGACACAUCAAGAUGACAGCAUGCGGCAAGACAAAAUAGAAGCGACCCUGAAUGGUGAUGAAAGAACGCAAACCAAGAGCAAAAGGGCCUUCUGCGUAGAUCACACCACACGGCAAGACAAUGUCGAAGAACGCCUACAAGGUGACGAUAUGGCGCAAAACAACAAAGAAGGGGCCUUACAUGAUGACGGCGCGCUGCAAAACGAUACCGAAGGCACCCCGCAUGAUAUUUUUCAUUUGGAGAGGGUGGACUCAGAUGAGUUUGUGGACAGUGUUGAAUUCUUCACCUUUCCCAGUUCUGGUUCUGAAAUCUAUCUUUCAGCUUCUGAAUCAGUGGCUCAGGAUCUCUUUGAGGAGGAUUCCGUUGAAAAUCAACCAAGAGAGUUCCCGUCCUACACCUCAUCAUCAUUAUUAUUAUUACCACACAACUGUGAUCCAAUUCAAAGUUCUGGUGCUAGGAGUCUGCAAGCCAAAGAAUCAGACGACAACGGUGGAGGUUCUGAUAAAGUUUUUGUUGAGCCCACAUGGGCGUUUUCACCAUUGACGAGCCAAAGAGGUGCCACACCUCCAGCUGAGAGCUCCACCCAUCAGAAAGCAGAUCUGCCACGAGUCCAAACAGAACCUCACCUGACAGCAUGCGGUGUCGACGGUCCUCGGUCGGUUCCUGAUGUCAUCAUCACCCCCGUGGCCGACGGCCCCGAAGCGUACGCCCAGGCUGCGGGCCGCGCGCCGUGCGUCUUCGCCAUCUCGGCCUUCUGGGACGAAAUGGAAAAAUUAACCAUCAAUGAUAUUUUACAGCUGAGGAUGGCGAGAAGCCCGCCUUCCACGGAGACGUCCGAUGUCCCGUCACAAAGCGGUUCCCUUGUGGACCCCGACGAGCUUCAUUUGACAGACGGAGGCCUCACGGAUGUGUCCGACGCCGCUGACUCGGACUAUUUCACACAGCCAGACGACUCCAAGGUGGACAGAUCCAGUUGGGAUUUCUCUGUGUGUGACUUUGAAGAUGACUACUGGCAAUUUUUGGGCAUGAGUAGGAACGCCAGUCCUGAUCUGAGCUGCAAAACCCAACGGGAGGAAGAGGAAGAGGAAAGGUCAACCGGAAUCCAGACCCCAGUACCAGUCGAAGACUCCGCAAGACAAAACCCAAUGCCCAGAGCGAUGAUGAAAAACAAAAGUGUGCAGAAUAUACGAGCUCUCAACACGGAUGAUUUAUCUUUGCAGUCACAUUUACACAAUGAUGAGAAGAAGUCCAAGAGAGACAGUCUGGGGUCAAUCGUAGCAGCACCUCUCCAAGGAGACGAUCUGGAAUUUUCCCCAGAAUCCUUCAUCACAGAGGAAACGGGAAACAGGAAUGUCAUUUUUGUCUAUGAUCCAGAAGGGACCUCACAUGCUCCAGGAUAUAAUGAUAUGAUUUGCACAUGUGAGCAUAAAAUGUUCUUACCAACUCAGAGCCAUAAUUGGAAACCCAUCCCGAUUUUCUCCUGCUCACAUCCGACCGUCAGAGAACUCCCGCUCCUCAAAAGGAAUGAUCCAUUUUUCAGCGUAGACUUCUUGGAAGAGGACGUUAUUUCGCCUGUGCGAAUUGUCUCGCGUGCUCUCCGGGUAGCUGAAUCUCAAAGUGGGAGGAGCUUACUGCCAUUCGGUAAAAUCCGCUUCCAAGACAAAGGCAGCAUCUGGUACAGAAGGUCUGAUGGGUGGGAACUGCCGACCCAAAGUGAGGAGGGCGGUGUGGUUGUUCCCACGGUGGGAGGAGUUUCCCUUCAAGCACUUGAGCAGCAGAGGAUCGUGGGAACAAUACAGAGACCAGUGCGAGUGGGCGUCUUGUCUGCGCUGCAGCAGUCUGACAUGUGUUUGGUCUGCAUCGCAUUUGCCUCCUGGGUACUGGCAUCAUCAGAUCCAGAGUCUGCUGAUGCCUGGAAAGCAGGUAGGAGACACUUCAUUAGGUACACAUACUCAAGUCUUACGAGAGCUGUCUCCAGGG